AUGACCGAUAUCUUUGCUAUCCCGAUCUCAACCUCUGCCCCACUGUCUAUUUUCCCUUGGAAAGCUGGAGAGGUUUCUGUACCUGCGAACACAAGUAAUGCCAGCCCGUUGCAAACAAACAGCUUUUACAGUAACAUGUUGGUGGGCGACCAAACUACUCCCGUUUGGACUUAUCCUUACUGUUUGUGGAACUCUACUUCAAAUUACUACGGCUUGUCUGUCUUUUUAGGCCUUGAGUCAGACCGGGUCUUCGCCUCUGGUACGCCACCUCAGUACUUCUACUCCCCAAUCGGAAUCCAGGAGGUUGUUCUUUCGUCCUCUGAUUUUGUUUCACCACCUGCCUUCUCUUUGCAAAAAACGUCUAAGUUUGCAGCCACCGUCCGCUUUAGCUCCAAGAGCGUUGAUAACUCUUACUUUGAGUGUCCCUUGGUGCAAGGAAUGGGGUUUGUGACUGGUAUCUACCACAACCUGAUCCCCAUGUUGAAUUCUCUGGUUGGAUUUGCCUCUGUUGUUGGCCAACAAAGUCCCAGAGGUGGAAUUAACAAGUACAAAAUCACUUUGCACAACAACAGAGUUUGGUUUCUAUACAUCGCUUUACCUCGUGGAAAGUCUGUAUCUCUCGCUUUAAAGGACUCAAACACAAUCUGGUUCUCCAACUCUGUUGAUGGCGCAGUGUUGCAAUUGUGUUCCACCACAGAUUACACUGGGGCCUUUUUUGAUAACGCUGCUGGAUGCUAUAGCACAGACGCUAGCAUCCUGGCUACCGUGAACUCAAAUAUAUGUUCUUAUGCUUUGACACACAAUGUGGCUGGUAAUUCCAACACGGGUGAAGGUUUAAUUUUCGCUUUGCCUCAUCAUAUCCCAAGCUUCGACUCCAACACAGCUUCGAAGGCCACAGGAGUGACAUUUCCUUCCACAAAAGGAACAGUUAAAGCAUAUUCAACCAAGGUAUUGACAAUGAAGGAAACCUUACCUACCUCUCUAGGUUUCGAACCUUACACUAGCCUUGGAAAGUCACCAAAUUACACCAGUAAUGCAUUGGCUGCAAUUCUGGCUGCUGCUAAAAAGGAAGCAGUUGGUGAUGUGGUUAAUGACUCGAAUGUCGAUUCAAUGUACACAAGCGGAAAGAUCUUGGCAAAAUAUGCCUACGUGUUGUACGUCUGUAAUGACAUUUUGAAAGAUACGAGCCUUGUGAACACCUUGCUACCAAAGUUGAAAACUGCAAUCGAGCGAUUCACUUCUAACUCACAAAAAUACCCACUUUACUAUGAUACUAGUUUCAAGGGUAUUGUAUCAAGCGCAAAAGAGGAUGCGGAUUACGGCAACAGUCAUUACAAUGACCACCACUUCCAUUGGGGCUACCACAUUCAGGCAAUUGCCAUCACUUCUUACGUGGACAAAAAAAAUAACGGAACGUGGAUCAACUCCGUCAAAGACUGGGUCACAACUUUGAUCCGGGAUGUAGCAAAUCCUUCCAGUGGUGACGACUAUUUCCCUGUUUCACGGUCUUUUGACUUCUACAAUGGCCACAGCUGGGCUAAAGGUCUUUACCCCUCUUCUGAUGGAAAAGACGAGGAAAGUAGCUCAGAAGAUUACAAUUUCGCAUACUCAAUGAAACUCUGGGCAAAAGUGUCCGACGACUACAGUAUGGAGCAGCGAGCCAAUUUAAUCUUGGCAAUCAUGAAACGGAGUAUCAAUCUGUAUUUCUUGUACACAGACGAUAAUACGGUUGAGCCCAAAAGCUUCAUUCCAAAUAAGGUGAGUGGCAUUUUGUUUGACAACAAGAUAGACCAUACCACUUACUUCGGUCAGCAGACCCAGUAUAUCCACGGUAUCCACAUGUUGCCCAUUACUCCAUGUUCUUCGUAUAUCAGAAGUCCCACGUUUGUCGAACAGGAAUGGAACCAAAAGCUUAACGGUGUUAUUAAUUCGGUAGCCGAUGGCUGGAAAGGUAUUCUUAUGCUUAAUGUGGCGUUGUUUGAUCCAGACACUGCCUACAAGUUCUUUUCGUCGUCUUCCUUUUCCAAUAAUUUCUUGGACAACGGGAUGUCCCUUACCUGGGCCUUGGCUUAUUGUGCGGGAGUAGGUGCUUCCAGUUAA